AUGGAAAAAGAAAACUCUCCAAUUCCUCUUUCAUUAACUCAUAAUGAUAAUAAAACAGAUCCUUCUGUUUCUUCAAUAUUUGAUACCUUACAAGGUGAAACUGCUUUAACAACUGAUCAAAUAAUUUCAAAUGAUUCUUCUACUUCUCAUGAUUCAACGAAUAAACAAAAGGAGACUUGGUUUUCGGAUAUAAAUAGUUUGAAUGCUAUCUUUGCUUCUUUGGGUACUGCUAAUGGUUUGACAAAAAAUCCUAAAAUUGAUGAUAAAGACAUUCGUGAGUGUAGUAGUAACCUUGAUGAUGAUAAUAACCUGGAAAAUCUUUCAAUUGAUGAUUUCCUAGAAACUUCAAAAUCUGCCUCUACAACUACUCCUCCUCCUUCUUUGUCUUGUCAACCUAAAGAAUUAGCAAAACUUGAUAUUAUCCAAUGUCAAUUUGAAUAUUUUGGUGGUAAAUCUUCUACCGUUAUAAAUUCAAACUAUAUUGGUGAUUUGGCUUUUUUAUACAGAAUUGGUGAUACUAUUCAAUCUCAAGGUGGUGGCGAAAUUUCUUUUUGUUUAAAUGGAAUGUCCGACGAAAUUUCUAUUCCAUUUAAUCAAUUGACCGGAUUCAAGAUCACUAAUGAUGGGAAAAUUAAUUUAAGACUUAAACCGAAUUUUCAAAGAAAACCAACUAUUUCUACUUCGGAUCCGACUAAUGGAAAACUUCAUGCUUUACAUUCUCUUCUGUUGGCUCCUGACCGUUCCGGAAAACUUUCUAUAUUGACCGAUAUUGAAAUUGCAAUUGAAAAAUUAUGGUUCAGAAGACAUGAUGUUCAUAACGAACUUGUUAAAGAUACACUCGCCUACCCAAUUGAUUCUCCAUAUCACAGAUUAUUAUUAGAUCUUGAAACUAGAUUUAAUUUACCUGCUAGUAAUAUUAAUCUUAGAUUUAAGAAUAAUCGUGGUGAUAUGAUUGGAUUAAAAGAUGAAGAAACUUGGAGAUUAGCGAAAAGUGAUGCUUAUAGUAAAAAUUUAAUUAGAUUAACGAUUUAUAUUUGGUGA